UAUCCCGCUUAAAAAAAAAACGUGUAAACAAUUCUGAAACUAUUUUUCGUUAAGGUCUUUUUGCUUACAUUCGGGGACCGAUAAAACUCGUUCGAGGUCAAUAAUCUCGUAAUCAUCUUAACUGAAAUCUUGAGCAUUUUCAGUUUCCUCAGAAUCGGCAGACAGUUUCCAGCUACACUUUGUAUUUGACUUCAAGCCGGCUAACAUCAUCUCCACCUGUAUAUCGAGAGUAUCUUUUUUGUGUGAUAUGAAUCUGUUUGUGUUUUUUGUGUGCUAUCUAGCGCUAGUACCUUCCGCCUUUGGAAGUAUUUUGUAUAAUGGUCUACCCAGUAUCAUGUCCACAUAUUUAGAGGAUAUCCUGAAUUUUGGCAACGAAAGUGUAAUUUCAGUACAGAAACAGAUUGUAGGUCCUAAAACCGCCAGACAAGUGUACGACUUCAUUAUAGUAGGCUCAGGGCCAGCCGGUUCGGUCAUCGCCAACCGUCUCACGGAAAAUCCACAAUGGAACGUUCUUCUCAUAGAGACAGGUGGGGUAGAAAAUCUCUUCCAUGAAAUUCCGGCGCUUGCUGCUUUUCUACAAGGUACUUCGUCAAACUGGAACUACAAAUCCACACCUCAAUACAAUGCAUGUUACGGAAUGAACAACAACGAAUGUGCUCUGCCCAGAGGAAAAGUAUUGGGAGGAACUAGCGCAAUCAAUUAUAUGAUCUACAAUCGUGGAAAUAGGAGGGAUUUCGAUAGGUGGGCAGCCGCCGGUAAUGUUGGAUGGUCAUAUCGAGAGGUACUACCGUAUUUCCUAAAAUCGGAAAGGGCCAACUUGCGAGCUUGGCGGAAUUCACCAUACCACAAUACACAAGGUCUCCUGAGCACAGAAGAUGUACCUUACAGGAGCGGCAUGGUAGGGCCGUUCGUACAAGCUGGAGUAGAAGCUGGUUUAAACGAGGUGGACUAUAAUGGUGAAAGUCAAGUAGGAAUUUCAUUCGUUCAAGCUAAUACACUCAGAGGACGUCGUCAUAGUGCAGCCAGAGCAUUUUUGAAGCCAAUUCAAUUCAGGCCAAACCUUCACGUCAUGAUAAACACGCGAGUGACGAAGGUUCUGAUAAAUCCAGUGUCCAAAGAAGCAUAUGGCGUUGAAUAUUCAUACAAGAAAAAAAGAUAUGAAGUCGGUGCAAAGAGGGAAGUCAUCCUUUCCGCCGGGGCUUUCAACUCUCCACAACUUCUGAUGCUCUCAGGAAUUGGACCUCAAGAACACCUAAAUCAACUACAAAUUCCCCUCAUAAAAGACUUGCCAGUGGGUAAACUUCUAUACGAUCAUAUGAGUCACUUUGGCCCGACCUUUAUUCUCAAUUCCACUGGAAACACCCUCCUGGUCAGCGAUCUGAAUGUGAAUGACUUCAAGCAAUACAUUAAAGGCAGAGGUAGAUUAACCUUAAUCGGCGGGGUAGAAGCAUUAGCUUUCGUAAAAACUCCCAAUUCUGAAGAACCUCCAGAUAUGCCUGACGUCGAACUGAUUUUUGUUCCUGGAAGUUUUGCUUCAGAUCAAGGCACUGGACUUAAAAGAGGUGCCAAUGUCAAGGACGAUGUCUAUGAUACCGUCUUUAAGCAACUAGAAACUAUCCCGCAAGAUCAUUUCUCAACGCUAAUCAUGUUAUUCCAUCCCAAAUCGGUAGGAUAUAUCCAUCUCCGGGAUAAAAAUCCCUUCCAUUGGCCCAUAAUUGAUCCACAGUACUUCACCAGGCAGGAAGAUGUAGAAACACUCUUGUACGGAAUUAAAGCAGCCAUACGUCUUAGUCAAUCCCCAGCGUUACAAAGACUUGGCGCCAGAUUACAUGACACCCCUCUGCCUCAAUGUCGGGAACACCACUUCGGAUCUGAUAACUACUGGAGAUGUUCAAUUCGAACCCUGUCCUACACACUUCAUCAUCAAGUAGCUACAUGCAAAAUGGGAAUUCCUGAAGAUCCUACCACUGUCGUCAAUCCUCAGCUCCAAGUGCAUGGAAUCCUAAGGUUACGAGUUGCAGACACCAGCGUCAUUCCAUUUCCGCCAACAUCACACACAAACGCCAUGUCAGUGAUGAUUGGAGAGAAAACAGCAGAUAUGAUUAAAGAUACAUGGAAAUGGGGCUGAAUUUCGUUUUUAGGUCUAUUAAAUAUUUAGUUUUAUGAAAUUGCUUCAGAUGAUAUGUUGCGAUAUCGGAGUGGGUAGUUAUGAACGAAGUAUUCGAAUAUACGUAAGGAUCUCUUACAUGUUUUUUUGACAUACUAUUUAAGUUAUUAAUAAGUUACAAUUGCAAAGACAACCAAAACGUCCACUAAUAAGCCAUUAUAACAUUUUGUUAAUAUUUUUAAAUUCACAGUCAUCUAAAUCGUUAUGUAUAUUAUUGUUGUAAUAUA